CAGGUAGGACCAGCCCUGCCGCCUCAGCCACACUCUGGUACCGCCAGCGCUGUGACCGACUGCCUCGCUCGCAGGACCCUGGUACGCAGAGGGGCGCCAGAAUGCAGGGGACUCGGGUGCUGCGCUGGAACCAUAGCUGCAGCCCCUCCAGCUCGCCCCACCAGCCUCACCUGGAAAGUGCCUGUGGGGUUGCUGGAGCCCAGGUUGAGGGUAAAGACAGCCUCCAGAUCCUGGUACAGCCCGAAAUGGACAGCAUCCCGCUGAUAGAGACCAACACUUGGAAGACCGAGGCCUCUGAGUCGUGGGAUUUUGUCCUUGUGGCUGACCGUCGCACCCUGAAAAACCAGCAGUUCCUGGAGAACCUCAAGAGAAAGGGCUUCCACUAUGAGGUGAAGGAGGACCAGAAGAAGGUGUUCUUUGGAAUCCGAGCCGGCAACCAGAUCUUCGACCUGUACUGCGCGCUCCUCUUGGAGCCCGAGGGUCCAGCCCCCAAACCGAGUGCAGGUGUCCAUGGGCUGCCGGUAGGAGAGCAGGGAGUGCCCAAAGCCACGCUGAAGGAGGUGAUGGCCAAGUGGACCCCCAUCCCACCCACCACCAGUUCUGGGCUCUGGUCAGGUGGUCAGGCAGGUGGGCUCCUCCAGGACAGAGAGGGGCUUGGGACCUGGCCAGACAGGGGGUGGGGCCCACUGAGACCACGCAGGGCCAUUCUGAACCAGCUCUUAUGUUCUAGAAUCCGAAUUGUCAACUUCAUCCUAAAGAGCAAGACAGAAUCUGGUGACACAUUCAGUGAUUUGGUGAAGGACAGGGUCUUUGAGACCAAGUUCCCCCUGCACAAGGGGGAGGGAGACCUGAAAAUGAAAUGGGCACGGUGGAGAAACAUGUUCCGGAAGCAGCCAAUUGAUGACAUCAGGUACUACUUUGGUGAGAAGGUGGCCCUGUACUUCAAGGAGAUCUGUGAGGCCCACGACAUCUUCAUGUGCCCUCGCGGCGACCACAGACGCAGGUACCAGCGCCUCUCGGACACCUGCACCUUUGCGAAGCUCACCCACCUCUUCGACAACGAGGGCACCGUGCUGUUUGCAAUCUUCAUGGCUCUGUGGGCCACAGUGUUCCUGGAGAUCUGGAAACGGAAGCGAGCCCAAGUGGUGCUGCACUGGGACCUGUAUGGGUGGGAUGAGGACCAGGAGGAAAUGGCGCUCGAGCUCAUUAACUUUCCUGACUACAAGCUCCGGCCGCACCAGCACUCCUACCUGAGGAGCUCCAUCAUCCUCAUCCUGUCUUUGUUCAUGAUCUGCCUCAUGAUCGGCAUGGCCCAUCUCCUGGUGGUCUACCGCGUCCUGGCCUCUGCCCUCUUCAGCAACUCGUCCCUGCCCUUCCUGGAGGAGCAGGUGACCACGGCUGUGGUGGUGACCGGGGCCCUGGUGCACUAUAUCACCAUCCUCAUCAUGACCAAGAUCAACAAGCAUGUGGCCCUGAAGCUUUGUGACUUUGAGAAGCCCAGGACCUUCUCGGAGCGCGAGAGCAAGUUCACCAUCAAGUUCUUCACCCUGCAGUUCUUCGCCCACUUCUCCUCCCUGGUCUACAUCGCCUUCAUCCUGGGCAGGAUCAACGGUCACCCUGGGAAUUCCGUGCGCCUGGCGGGCUUGUGGAAGCUGGAGGAGUGCCAUCUCAGCGGCUGCAUGGUGGACCUGUUCGUGCAGAUGGCCAUCAUCAUGGGCCUGAAACAAACGCUCAGCAACUGCAUGGAAUACCUGUGCCCGUGGCUGGCCCACAAGUGCCGCUCAAUGGGGGGCCGUGAGUCCUGGGACCCAGAGCUGAGGGACUGGCAGCGCAACUAUCGCCUGAACCCCGUCUACACCUUCAGCCUGUUCGAUGAGUUUAUGGAAAUGAUGAUCCAGUACGGCUUCACCACCAUCUUCGUGGCAGCCUUCCCGCUGGCCCCGCUGCUCGCGCUCUUCAGCAACCUCGUGGAAAUUCGCCUGGACGCCAUCAAGAUGGUCCAGCUGCAGCGGCGCCUUGUGCCACGCAAGGCCAAGGACAUCGGGACCUGGCUGCAGGUGCUGGAGACCAUCGGCGUGCUGGCGGUCAUCGCCAAUGGGAUGGUCAUCGCCUUCACAUCUGAGUUCAUCCCCCGCGUGGUGUACAAGUACCGAUAUGGCCCAUGCCGAGAGGGGGCCAACCCUGGAGUCGACUGCCUCACAGGCUACAUCAACCAUAGUCUGUCGGUGUUCCACACCGUGCACUUCCGGGACUCUGGCAGGAUAGAGGGCUCGGAGAAUAUCACCGAGUGCAGGUACCGGGACUACCGCAAUCCGUCUCAGGACUACAACUUCUCCGAGCAGUUCUGGGUCCUGCUGGCCAUCCGCCUGGCCUUCCUCAUCCUCUUCGAGCACGUGGCCUUGUGCAUCAAGCUCGUGGCUGCUUGGUUUGUGCCUGACGUCCCUCAGUCGGUGAAGAACAGGGUUCUGGAGGAGAAGUACCAGAGACUCCGGGAGAAGUACCAGACAUUCCGGGAGAAGCACCGGAAAUUCCAGGAGAUGGGGUAUGGGAGGCAGAGCAGGGCGGGGUGGGGCUGGGCCUAGGGGACCCCCACCAACUCCACUCCUACCUCCAGCUCCAGCCCCAAGACCACAACCGUGUAGGGGAACCCAGAGAUGUCACUGGCGCCCAGGAGCCAAGACUCAGAACCACCACCACCACCUCCCUCCACUGCCCAGGACUGUGCAUGUGUGUGUGCUGGGGGGGUGCUGUAAGGAGGCCCUCAUAUAUGUGGGUGUAUGUGAGAGGUCCCAGGUGGCCCGUGUACAUGAGGGGUCCUAGCAAGUCUGCAUAUGGGCUGCCUGUGUAUGCUUGGGGCACCUGGGAGCAGCAUGUGUGAAGCCUGCUACAUCCAUUAGGGCUCAGGAUUGGCAUAACCCUGACGUGAACUCUGGGUGACCACUGCCACCAUGCAGCUGUGGGGGAGGGGGCUUUUCAUGCAGUCACAACACAGGAAGACCAGCAGUUUCCUGGGCCUCCCUCUGACUUCUGGGCUGCAGAUCCUGGUGGGGCCCUGACCCCACCUCUCUGGCUCCCCUCAGCC